AGCAGCUUCGCCUCGGGGCUCUCUCUCUCCCUGACGUCGAACAUAACUAACACUUUGGAUUCAACGCGCGGAUGGGGGCAAUUACUGGACUUGAUGUCUCCUUUCCGAUCGACCGAUAGUCAAAUGAGUUAAACCAUGGCUGCAGACAUUUGAGUCCCCCGGGUGCGCGAGAAGUGUCUUUUUUUAAAUGAAUCCCAACUAAAAAGAAGAAUUAGAAGAAAAGAAAAACUUUCAUUUCACGGAGACGAAGAUCGGUGGACAUCAUGUGCAGAUUUGCGGAUUUAACACUCAGAAAGCCAGUGAGUGCGUUUGAUUUCGGAUUACAGUGACACACUGGACGAGUUUCUCUUCCAGAGGGAUAUUUGUUUUUCGGAGUCUGCUCUCUCUCGCUCCUGGUCGCUGUCCUGCGGGUUCCUGCAGGACUCCCGAGUCGUGGAGAGCCCAUGCAGUCGCCAAGGGAGAGGAGUGAAGUGCGACCCCGAGCUGGAUGGAUGGUUAUGGGGAAAAGAGGAAGACCCUCGGCGCCUGACGUGUGCAGAGUCCUCGCGGUGUUCCUCUCGCUCUUCCCCUCCGUGAGUCUGCAGUGCAAGAUCCUCAAGUGUAACUCCGAAUUUUGGGCCUCCACCUCAAGCUCUGGACCCGAGGAGGAGUUUUGCACAGCACUGCGAGCGUACAACGGAUGUGUGCGGCGGACUGCGCGAACCUGCAGGGGCGACUUGGCCUACCACUCCGCCCAGCAUGGCAUCGAGGAUCUAAUGAGCCAACACAACUGCUCCAAGGAGGGGCCGACAUCCCAACCACGUGCCCGCAUACCUCUUCCUCCUCCGCCGCUCCUGCCUGACAGCCAGGAGCGCUCCGAUGGCCCGGAGGUCUGCCACUAUGAGCGGAGUCUUCUUCGCAACACAGCGCCGCCCAACUACACCCACUGUGGCUUCUUUGGAGAUCCACACCUCCGAACAUUCGGUGACGACUUCCAGACAUGUAAGGUGGAAGGAGCCUGGCCGCUCAUUCACAACAAAUACCUGUCGGUCCAGGUGACCAACACUCCUGUGGUGCCCGGGUCUUUGGCCACCGCCACAACCAAGCUGACGAUCAUCUUCAAGAAUUUCCAGGAAUGCGUGGACCAGAAGAUGUUCCACGCGGAGACGGAUGAGCUGCCGGCUGCGUUCGCAGACGGCUCCAAGAACGGAGGGGAUCGGCACGGAGCGAACACCCUGCGCGUCGUGGAGAAGGUUCCCGGGCAGCAUGUGGAGAUUCAGGCCCGGUACAUCGGAACAACCAUCGUGGUCCGGCAGGUCGGCCGCUACCUGACCUUUGCCGUGCGCAUGCCGGAGGAAGUGGUGAACUCGGCGGAGGAAGGCGAUAACCAGGACUUGUACCUGUGUCUUCACGGCUGUCCGGCCAACCAGCGCAUCGACUUCAGAAACUUCAAGACUCGAGCGGCGGAGGCCCAAAGCGCCGGCCGGACCCGGGGCGGCCCGGCGGCGCACGGGUUUACCUACCAGUCGGCCAAGGCCAAGUGCAAAGAGCGGCUCCCGGUGGAGGACCUGUACUUUCAGUCGUGCGUGUUCGACCUCCUCUCCUCUGGAGACAUCAACUUCACCAUGGCCGCCUACUACGCCUUGGAGGAUGUGAAGAUGCUCCACUCAAACAGCGAGCGGUACCACAUCUUUGAAAAGGACACUCUCAUGAGUAAUUCAGGCCAGAAGGGCAAAGGCCUUCGGUCCCUCCUCUUCCUCAACGUCCUGGCGGUCUUCCUGUGGGUUGAAUGUUGCACAGUUCAUCUCUAGUUGCUUGACCACAGUCUCUUCAUGGUGUAUCUGUCUGUGAGUGUUUUGAGUCCCAUUGCCACGUCGUACAUUGGCUCUGGUUCUGUGACUUGACUGGUGGCUUGCCAGUAGGGUCCUCCCAGCCCAGAGUCUCAUUUUAGUAGGAUCGUCACGUCUCGACUUUGGUCUCAUGACACGUCGAGGUCACCGUGCUCCCACCUAUCAUCACAUGUGUUUAGCUGGUUCAGAGGAUUGGUCUUUGAUGAGAGCAGCGCUGAGAGAGCCCAGCUGCCCCGGAGCUCAGGAUAUCCACCUCGGAUUAAAUCCCACAUUCUCACCGGGCCCGCAUGCCUCUGGGAAAGCCGGACAAGAUGAUCUUUUGCAGAAAGAAGAGUUUGCUGAUCCUCCGCUCCUGAUCCACUCAUUGGUGCCGAGCCAGUGAAGCUCUGCGUGGCUCAUGUGGCGAAGCGAGAGGACCUGACAGGAGCUUUUGUCAACCGAAGGCCAGAAGCAGCUCUAUGUUUGAUUAGUUUCCAGCUUCGGAAAAGCCGGAGCCUUUUGGAAGAAGCACUCAGCCAAAAGGAUCUCAGAGCAGCGUCUCCAGUUGUCUGCUGUGGAGAUUAAUGGGUCACAUUGUAAUACAAUUGUGUGUCUGUGUGAGUGUGUGUGUGUGUGUGGGUGGGUGUGCAUUAGUCAGAUGUGUGUGCAGAACUCUGCAUCUGUGGUUAAUUUAGUGUGUUUGUGGGUCCAGGAGAAAUCUUUCCCAUGUCUGUGGAACCCAACAUUUUAGAAAUAGAAAAGAUGAGGCGCUUCAAAAAUCUGUCGAUAGUCUUCAGCCGCCUAGGAGCGGAUUUUAUUAAAAAGAUCUCUUUUCAGUGUCAUACAGACGACUUCCACCCCAUCGGUCGGGUGCUGGUCAGACGGUGUUUCGUAUUUUUACGUCUGUAAAGUGAAUGUAACAAGAAAAGCAAAAGAACAACGUUAGCUGAGGACUCGUAGCGUUUACAGAAUGUAGAUCAACCCGUCGCACUUCGAGGGCUCUUCAAGAGCAUUUAGUGACUUUAACUCUCCAUUUCAAGUCUGUGGUGUCGAUACUGUUGGUCGUAGCUGUCGAGACGUCGCCGUUAGUCAGUUUAGCAUUUUCUGGACUGCCAGUGUGCUGACCUUGUGCAUAAAUGAUAAGCAUAUGGCAGGAGACGUGACUUUAUGGCUUAAGUCGUUGCCAAAGAACAAGCCCAUGUGCCAACAUUUCCCUCACAGCUGAAUUUCCAUCUUUCAGUGUUUAACAAUUCACAUUCGGGGGAUUCUUAACUGUACAUAUAACCUGUGUGUGUUGGUGAAGUUUGCAUUACAGUAACACUGUAAACCAGCAUUUAGUUUUGGUUUUAGCUGUCGCACCUUUUGCUUUUCUUGUGUUUCAUGAUAACUUUCCAUUUGAACUCUGGCGCUCAGCUGCAGCAUCUGGUAAUGUGCAAGUCAUCCAUGUAGAUCCAGUUACUCCUCUGGCACAGUUUUACGGCCAUUUAUCCUUUUACACUGAAGUAUUUGGCAGGCCUUACUACUGCUAUUUGGAACAUGUAAUGGUGCAGCCGGACGGCAACAAAAAAGUCAAACAAACAAAUGAUUGUAAUGUUGAAUCUUGUGUUAAUAGAUAUCAGUUGUGUUGUGACUUUUACAGUAUAUGGUUCUACAUUUGAAAUGUGAGGUUGUACAUAUGUUUUGUGAGUUUAAAUUUGUAUAUUACCAGUUGUGUUUUGGAUUUAUCACUCCUGUUUUUGUACAUUUUGGUGAAUGUGAACCUUUUAUGAUUUGAAAAAGGGAUUUCUUGCAAAAACAUGAACGGCACAGAACAAAAUAUUCUUUACGAUAUAAAGUAUACUCCCCUGUUCUGUGUGGAGUAAGUGAGACACUGCUGGUUGUCAUCACUUUAAAUAACACGUGCUGAAUGCAGUCCACAUCAUCUAGAAACUGAAUGUAGAACGUGUUCUGUGCCGUUCAUGUUUUUGAGUUUAAAGCACUUUAUGUUUUCUUUACCAUUUAGCUUAUUUGGUUUGAAUUUCUGUGUCAGACUUGUAAUGGUAGAAAAGAGUUUAAAAAAAAUAUUGCUCAAUGGGAAAAGCCAGAAAGAUCAAACUGUAAGUAGAGCAAAUGUGGUGCCACACGCCAGCUGUUUAUAAUGUAAAUUAUUUAUUGAAUAAAAGAAAAUGUCUUGUUAA